AUGAGAAGACAUCAACAAACGCACACGGGGGAGACACCAUUUAAAUGUAUUGAAUGUGGAAAGAGCUUCAGUCGAAAUGGAACACUUAGACGACAUCAACGAACUCACACAGGGGAAAAACCAUUUAAAUGUAUUGAAUGUGGAAAGUGCUUCAGUGGAAGUGAACACCUUAGAAUACACCAACGAACUCACACGGGGGAGAAACCAUUUAAAUGUAUUGAAUGUGGAAAGAGCUUCAGUGGAAGUGGAGACCUUAGAAGACAUCAACGAACUCACACGGGGGAGACUCCAUUUAAAUGUAUUGAAUGUGGAAAGUGCUUCAGUCAAAAUGGAACACUUAGAUUACACCAACGAACUCACACAGGGGAGAAACCAUUUAAAUGUAUUGAAUGUGGAAAGUGCUUCAGUGGAAAUGGAAACCUUAGAAAUCAUCAACGAACUCACAAGGGGGAGAAACCAUUUAAAUGUAUAGAAUGUGGAAAGUGCUUCAGUGGAAGUGGAAACCUUAGAAAUCAUCAACGAACUCACAAGGGGGAGAAACCAUUUGAAUGUAUUGAAUGUGGAAAGAGCUUUAGUCAAUAUGUACACCUUAGAAGACAUCAACGAACUCACACGGCGGAGAAACCAUUUAAAUGUAUUGAAUGUGGAAAUAGCUUCAGUAGAAGUGAACACCUUAGAAUACACCAACGAACUCACACGGGGGAGAAACCAUUUAAAUGUAUUGAAUGUGGAAAGUGCUUCAGUCAAAAUAGAACACUUAGAUUACACCAACGAACUCACACGGGCUAGAAACCAUUUGCAUGUAUUGAAUGUGGAAACAGCUUCAGUCAGAAUAGAUACCUUAGACUACAUCAACGAACUCACACAGGGGAAAAACCAUUUAAAUGUGUUGAAUGUGGAAAGAGCUUCAGUGUAA